GUCAGAAGCUCAACCGUGGGAAAUUCAUCCAUUCAGAGGCAGCUCUAUCAGCAAGCACAAAGGACAAAUACAAAUUCCCUGUUGGGGAAGCUUGCCAACAUCUUUUCUACAUGAUAACAUUUGGUAUGACUCCACCCUCCCUCUUCAGAGAAACUUGUUGAAGUAGAUGGGAAUUAACACAGACAGCCUCAACUGGACAAUGUGCAGAGAGAGAGAGACUUUGGAGCACUCAGUUCCAAAUAGGAUGUCUUCAUCAAACCCCUGCCCUCAAGGCUCAAGUUCUAUGCAGAAGAGUUGAUGAUGGAAGACUCCAGGAAAGCAGUGUCUCCAGACACAACAGGUGUUACCAGGCAGAUGAAUUUUUACCAUCUACCAUAAUGAGGAGAAGAGACGUUGCCUUCUGUCUUCUGCUUUUGCCAGCUUUUAUGACUCAAGCAGUGUAUGGACAAAGAAAGAAAGGACCAAAGCCAAACACACUUGCAAGGAAAAAUGACUUCCAGGAUGCCAUUUGCUUCAUAGAUGUUGUCUUUAUCUUGGACAGCUCAGAAAGCUCCAAAAUUGUACUCUUUGAUAAUCAGAAAGAUUUUGUGGACAGCUUGAGUGAGAAGAUUUUCCAGUUGACUCCUGGCCGUUCAUUAAAAUAUGACAUCAAGCUGGCAGCCCUUCAGUUUAGCAGCUCGGUCCAGAUUGAUCCACCCUUGUCUUCUUGGAAGGAUCUCCGGACAUUUAAGCAGCGGGUCAAGUCUCUGAAUUUAAUUGGGCAAGGUACCUUUUCUUAUUAUGCCAUCUCCAAUGCCACAAGGCUACUUAAAAGAGAAGGGCGUAAAGAUGGCGUGAAGGUGGCUUUGCUGAUGACUGAUGGCAUCGAUCAUCCCAAGAGCCCAGAUGUCCAAAGUAUUUCUGAAGAUGCUAGAAUUUUGGGAAUAUCAUUUAUCACCGUUGGACUUUCCACUGUGGUCAAUGAAGCCAAACUUCGUUUGAUAUCUGGGGAUCCUUCCAAUGAACCCGUUCUACUAUUGAGUGACCCAACACUUGUAGACAGAAUUCAGGAACGCCUGGGUGUCUUGUUUGAAAGGAAGUGUGAACACAAGAUCUGUGAAUGUGAAAAGGGCGAGCCAGGUGACCCAGGGCCUCCUGGUACCCAUGGAAACCCUGGUAUCAAAGGUGAGCGAGGACCAAAAGGAAACCCGGGUGAUGCUCAGAAAGGAGAAACUGGAGAAAGAGGUCCUGUGGGAAUCCCUGGGUACAAGGGUGACAAGGGUGAACGAGGAGAAUGUGGGAAACCAGGAAUGAAAGGUGACAAAGGACCUGAAGGGCCAUAUGGACCAAAGGGACCAAGAGGAAUUCAGGGCAUUGGUGGACCUCCAGGGGAUCCAGGUCCAAAGGGAUUUCAAGGAAAUAAGGGUGAGCCAGGUCCUCCUGGUCCUUAUGGUCCUCCAGGAGCCCCUGGUAUUGGACAGCAAGGUGUUAAGGGUGAGAGGGGCCAGGAAGGAAGAAUGGGAGCUCCCGGACCGAUUGGAAUUGGUGAACCCGGACAGCCAGGUCCCCGUGGUCCUGAGGGAGCACCAGGAGAGCGGGGCCUACCAGGAGAAGGAUUUCCUGGACCUAAGGGUGAAAAGGGAUCUGAAGGACCAAUCGGCCCACAAGGAUUACAAGGCCUGUCAAUCAAAGGGGAUAAGGGGGAUUUGGGACCUGUGGGACCGCAGGGGCCAGCGGGAAUUCCUGGCAUCGGAAGCCAAGGCGAGCAGGGGAUCCAAGGUCCAUCUGGUCCACCUGGUCCUCAAGGACCCCCAGGACAAGGCUCACCUGGUCCUAAGGGAGAAGUAGGUCAGAUGGGACCCACAGGGCCUAGAGGACCAAUGGGCAUUGGAGUACAGGGUCCAAAGGGGGAGCCAGGCACAGUGGGGCUCCCAGGACAGCCUGGAGUCCCAGGGGAAGAUGGGGCCUCUGGAAAGAAGGGAGAAGCUGGACUUCCAGGAACAAGAGGCCCAGAAGGAAUGCCUGGGAAAGGACAGCCCGGCCCCAAGGGUGAUGAAGGAAAGAAAGGGAGCAAAGGAAAUCAAGGACAGAGGGGGUUUCCAGGACCCGAAGGGCCAAAGGGAGAGCCAGGUGUUAUGGGCCCCUUCGGAAUGCCCGGAGCCUCAAUUCCUGGACCAUCUGGACCAAAGGGAGACCGAGGAGGACCUGGCAUGCCUGGUCUUAAAGGAGAACCUGGACUUCCUGUUCGAGGACCAAAGGGUGCCCAGGGUCCCCGAGGACCAGUGGGGGCUCCAGGACUCAAAGGUGAUGGCUAUCCUGGUGUGGCUGGACCGCGAGGAUUGCCAGGACCCCCUGGACCAAUGGGCUUACGUGGUGUGGGAGACACUGGAGCAAAGGGAGAACCAGGAGUCAGAGGCCCUCCAGGUCCCUCUGGGCCUCGGGGAAUAGGAACCCAAGGACCAAAGGGUGAUACUGGGCAAAAGGGCCUGCCUGGCCCUCCUGGGCCCCCUGGCUAUGGAUCACAAGGAAUUAAAGGGGAGCAAGGACCUCAAGGUUUCCCAGGGUCAAAGGGCACAGUGGGCCUUGGCCUCCCUGGUCAGAAGGGAGAGCAUGGAGACCGGGGUGAUGUGGGAAGGAAAGGCGAAAAGGGAGAAACUGGAGAGCCUGGGUCUCCAGGAAAACAGGGGUUACAAGGACCUAAAGGAGACCUGGGACUCACAAAAGAAGAAAUUAUCAAACUUAUCAUUGAAAUAUGUGGUUGUGGGCCCAAAUGCAAAGAGACUCCACUGGAGUUGGUGUUUGUGAUUGACAGUUCAGAAAGUGUGGGACCAGAGAACUUUCAGAUCAUCCAAAGUUUUGUGAAGACUUUGGCUGACCGGGUGGCCUUGGACCUUGGCACAGCCCGGAUAGGCAUAAUCAACUAUAGCCACAAGGUGGAGAAGGUGGCUAGCCUGAAGCAGUUUUCCAGCAAGGAUGACUUCAAGCUGGUGGUAGACAACAUGCAGUAUCUGGGGGAAGGCACCUAUACAGCCACUGCUCUUCAAGCAGCUAAUGACAUGUUCAAAGAGGCAAGGCCAGGUGUAAAGAAGGUGGCCUUGGUGAUCACGGAUGGACAGACAGAUUCCCGAGAUAAAAAGAAGCUGGCAGAUGUGGUGAAGGAUGCCAAUGACUCCAACGUGGAAAUAUUUGUCAUUGGAGUGGUGAAGAAGGAUGACCCCAACUUUGAAAUUUUUCACAAAGAAAUGAAUCUCAUUGCUACUGAUGCAGAACAUGUGUAUCAGUUUGACGACUUCUUUACCCUGCAAGAUACUCUGAAGCAAAAGUUGUCUAAAAAAAUUUGUGAAGAUUUUGACUCCUAUCUCAUUCAAGUUUUUGGAUCACCAUCUUUUCAACCUGAAUUUGGGGUAUCAGAACGAGAGGUCAGCGUAUCCACUCCAAAGCCUGCAAAAGAAAUGUCUAAGUCGUUUAAUGUUUCUAGAGGCCAAAAUGAAGAGACUGAAUCGUAUGUGUUGACUGAGGCUGGUAUCUUGGCCAUCCCAACCCCACCUGAAGCCACCAAUACACUUGAGCCAUUACUCAGCAGCCGUGAAGGAGUGGAAACAAGAACUCCAAAUCCCAAUUUGUUACAGUCAGAAAAAUCUCUGUACAAAGAUCCAAGAUGCGAGGAAGCCCUGAAGCCCGGGGAAUGUGGCGACUACGUGGUUCGCUGGUAUUACGACAAACAGGUCAACUCUUGCGCUCGCUUUUGGUUCAGUGGCUGCAAUGGCUCAGGAAACAGAUUCCACAGUGAAAAAGAAUGUCGAGAAACCUGCAUUAAACAAUGAACAAGCACAGUAACGGGCUUCGAUCAGAGGUUUAGAGAGAGUGUGAUACAAACAGUGCACCACAUCUGAGCAUACACUGACUGAGUACAGACCUUCAUAAAUGGCAUAGACCACCUUCUAGGGAUACAGUCUGAUUAAGUGCCUACACAGCUGAAGGGUGGAAGGACUGGGAUCUGAACUCAGCUGUGUAACUUUAGAACACAGACUCCAUCUUGCUUCACAACCUGUGGUGUGGCCCUGAUGCCUCGUCAUUCUAGUACACAAACAAUGACAGGUCACACCCCACCCUCCCUGUGCCCACACCGUUCCAGCACCUUCACAACCCAUCAGUGGAGAGUGGUUUGUGAGGGGAGGGACUUUGGUUUGAACACUGUAGGAAUGUCUACAUGUGAAUGCUGGGGUAGUGGUGAAGGAUGGUGAGGAGAGUUAAGAAUUUAGCCCAAAGUGAUGGUAGAAAUAUGUCUGAAUACUCACUAACAGUAUGAUAAGUUGACUCUUCCUGUUCCUCAUUGGUGUCAAAGCCUUCACUGUACACUAAAGCUAUGUAUUAAAAUAAAGCAGGUUUUACAUUUUUCCUUUAAAAACAUGUGAAUGAGACUGGAUUUUAUGGCCAAGGAGUGAGACCAUCAUUUUAUAAUAAUUUUGUUAUACCAAGUGUGGGGAGACAGAGAGUUCUGAGAUGAGACAGUAUUUUAACACACCAUCUACAGACUGCUUCCUCCUCCUCAGCCUGUUGUUCUCAUUCAAGUUGGACACCAAAAAGCUCCAGCCUAAGGAAAUGGAAGAGUAACUAUCCCUGAAUAAAAGAACAUUGCAGGAGUUUCCAAGGCACGAAAAGAAUAUACGCCACCUGUCUGUCAGUUAAAACAAGAUGAGACAAGCUGAAAAUGUAUCACAUGGAGAGAGGACAGAAGUGCUGACUCUGGGCAAGUCCUGCUGUGCCCUUUCCCCAUCACUUUUCUAUGACAGAGAGAUACUACUCCAGAUUUUGUGUUGCUAUUGGCUUUUCUAGGUAACUUUACAUGCAAGAUCACACAUAUAUCUAUGGAUACCUAAAUAAGAUAUAGUUAGACUUGCACAGCAUAUAGCUUUGUAAGAAUGAUACUGUCUGUAUUCUAUCCCUUAAUGCUUUCAUUUGGCUUUAUAAUCAACCCAUGUCUUACCAUAUAUAAAUACAUUCACAAAUAAUUUAUUACUUAGCUGUCAAAAUCCUAGAAGACUUUCACUAUAAUAUGUACUUCUCUGUGAUUUGCUAGAUUUUUUUAUUUAAAAAACCACAUGCACUUUUAUUCAUAUGCAUGCAUUCAUAUGUAUGUCAUAAUUGUAUAAUAUUUGUGAGAAUAUAUAACAAUAUAUUUAAUCUUUGAUUUGGUUAUGAUCAA